GGUUUCAACAAGUUCCUGUGUGUGAACAUGGUGACAGUCGGCAUGUUGCUGAUUGUCCUCUUUGUUCCAGGUGCUUUGGCUGAUUGUCCUAAUAAAGACCCAGCACUCUUCAUAACUGCACCAAAGCAGCUGGAAGCACUGAGUGGAUCUUGUUUGCAAAUCCCAUGUAGCUUCAGACCCAAAGAAGAACAGAAAUUUAUCAGCACAAGAAAAACCUUUGGAGUGUGGAUUAAAAAUGAUGAUAGAUUUGACAGAAAUCCAAACAAUGUGAUCUUCAACAGUAAUGGAGCAGUUAGCAUCUAUCCAAUGAGUAUUACUGGGAACCUGAGUCAGAGAGACUGCACCACUCUGUUUUCUAAUUUAACCACAAACUACACAGACACAUACUUCUUCAGAGUAGAGAGAGAAACAUUCAAGGCGACAGCUCGUUGUGAUCCAUUUCAAAUAACAGUCAGAGAUUCUCCUUGGAGGCCCAGUAUUACAAUCCCAGGUGAUCUGAAGGAGAAGGAGUCUGUCACUAUAACCUGCUCAGCUCUCACUCCCUGUCCACACUCCCCUCCUCAACUCACCUGGAAUCUCCAACAAGACUCUCACAACAAAAUAGAGAAAAACACAGAUGGAAGUUUUACAACUAAAAUCCAGCAGACCAUCACUCUGUCAGACACACAUGAUGGAAAGAAGAUCAGCUGCUCUGCCAGAUAUCCUGUGAACCAAGGAAAAGACACCAAGACAGCAGAGACAGAAGAGACUCUCAGUGUUUCAUAUGCUCCUAAAGACACCUCAGCAUCCAUCAGCCCAUCAGGUUUGGUGUCAGCAGGCAGCUGGGUGAAGCUGACCUGCUCCAGCAGAGCCAAACCUCCAGUCAGCAGCUUCACCUGGUUCAAGAAGAGCAGAGAUGGAGCUGUGAAAGUAUCUGAAGGAGAGAUUUACAGCUUCAAUGUAACAGAUGGAGGAGUUUAUUACUGUGUGGCCACUAAUGAUCUGGGUAAUCAGACAUCAGGAGUGAUUCAUGUGACUGAAGGUGGAAACCUGGUUGGUGUCUACACUAUAGUGAAGACUGUGGGAAUCAUAAUGCUCGUGAGCACACUGAUGGUUUUUGUUUGCUGGUUCAAAUCAAGACACUCCAACAAUCCAGAAACUGAAAUCUGUCAGAUGAGCAGAGUCACAUCACAACACAUCAACUAAAGUUUCUGCAGGAGGAUAAACUCCACCUG